GAUAAAUGAAAGGAAAAGUUUCUAUCCGUGUUAUAGAUCGUAAACAAAGAUUAAAGAACGAACAAGAGAAUUAAACAAUUCAAAGGGGCUCAGACGAAUCAGAUUCCCUUCAUUACAAAAAGGUUGCCAAAGGAAAAGCUACAAAUAGGGCCAUGUAAGCCAAUUCAUUACACUUCUGUUGCUAUGUUUAGCUUCAUUACCUACUAAGAAACACACACAAUGAUGAUACCCUCCAUGGCCAACCUCGUGCAUUUCGUCUUUCUCAUUUUCGUCUCCCAUUUUCUCCAUGCUACUUCAAACCAGAUUAAAGAGUCUUAUGUAAUCUAUAUGGGGAGCUUUUCACAAAAUAGAAACCCAGAGGCUAUACAAGCAGCGCACUUGCAAAUACUGUCAUCAGUUAUUCCAAGUGAAGAGCAAGAAAGAGUAUAUCUAACACAAAGUUAUCAUCAUGUAUUUGAGGGCUUCUCUGCCAUGCUUACCGAAAAAGAAGCUGCUCAACUAUCAGGCCACAGUGAAGUGGUAUCAGUGUUCCGUGACAGAUUUCUUCAACUCCAUACCACGCGCUCUUGGGAUUUCCUAGAGACGGAAUCGGGCCUGCGAUCACAGCGGCUAAAUCGUAGAGCAUCUAACGAUGUCAUCAUUGGCAUCAUCGAUACCGGUAUAUGGCCCGAGUCGCCUAGUUUUAAUGAUGCAGGGUUAGGUGAGGUCCCUUCCAGGUGGAAAGGCGUAUGUAUGGAAGGAUCUGAUUUCAAAAAAACUGACUGUAAUAGGAAGCUCAUAGGUGCAAGAUACUACAACAACCUAGCCGAAUCAACACAACCACCUACAAACAAGUCCCAAAUUCCUGAAAUCACUUCAUUUGGAUCACCAAGGGACUCGGUCGGCCACGGAACACAUACCUCAUCCACUGCUGCGGGUUCAAUUGUAACGAAUGCCAGCUACUACGGUCUCGCACAAGGAGUAGCAAAGGGCGGCUCUCCGUCGAGCAGAAUUGCAAUGUACAAGGCAUGCUCUCUUGGCGGAUGCGCAGGCUCCACUGUACUAAAAGCCAUCGACGAUGCGAUAAACGACGGAGUUGACAUUAUCUCGAUAUCGAUAGGAAUGAGCUCCAUUUUCCAGUCGGAUUUUCUUAGUGAUCCUAUAGCUGUUGGAGCCUUCCAUGCAAAUCAAAAGGGGGUUUUGGUGGUUUGCUCGGGCGGAAAUGAUGGACCAGACCCUUUUACUGUGGUUAAUUCAGCUCCAUGGAUUUUAACCGUGGCGGCCUCAAGCAUUGAUAGAGCUUUUCAGUCCACUAUUGUUCUUGGCAAUGGAAGUGUUUUGAAGGGAUCGGCGAUAAACUUCUCUAACCUUAGUCGGUAUGAACAGCACCCACUUGUCUUUGGGGCAGAUGUAGCAGCAGAAUUCACACCAGUAUCAGAAGCAAGUAACUGCUAUCCUGGAUCACUGGAUGAUGAUAAAACUGCCGGAAAAAUAGUAGUUUGUGUGGAUACCGAUCCAACUGUUUCGAGGAAAGUGAAGAAGUUGGUGGCUGAAGGGGCUCGCGCAAAAGGUCUGAUCUUGAUAGAUGAGGUUGAGAAAGGAGUGCCAUUUGAUUCUGGAAGCUUCCCUUUCUCCCAACUCAGUAAUGAUGCAGGGGCUCAGAUACUGCAGUACAUAAACUCUACCAAGAAGCCAACAGCUACAAUUCUCCCGACCGAGGAUUUCAAGGAGUUCAAACCAGCGCCAGUCGUCGCAUACUUCUCCGCUCGAGGACCAGGAGGACUCACAGAAGCCAUCCUAAAGCCUGAUAUUAUGGCUCCGGGAGUGAGCAUUCUUGCAGCAUCAAUUCCUGCAGUUGACAUUGGAGCCGUUCCAGAAGGAAAGAAGCCAUCAGACUUCGCUAUAAAAUCCGGGACGUCGAUGGCUUGCCCGCAUGUUGCAGGCGCCGCAGCCUUUGUGAGAUCGGCUCACCCAAGAUGGUCUCCUUCUAUGAUAAGAUCAGCACUCAUGACAACAGCUAUCACAGUCAACAAUCUUGGAAAGCCCCUAACAAGUAGCACGGGAUCCGAUGCAAACUAUCAUGACAUGGGUGCAGGAGAAAUAAGUCCGCUCCGAGCCCUGAGCCCAGGCCUAGUCUUUGAAACCACAGUAGAUGAUUACCUGCAUUUCCUCUGCUACUACGGCUACAAGAAUCAGAUCAUCAGGAAAAUCUCAGGCACCAAUUUCAGCUGCUCAUUCAGUCCAUCACCUCAACUCAUCACCAAUAUCAACUACCCUUCGAUCUCUAUUGCGCAGCUUGAUAGUAAAAAAGUAGUCAUUGUUAGUAGAACUGCAACAAAUGUUGGGCCAUCAAACGCAACCUAUAUUGCAAGUGUUGAUGCACCAGACGGACUAAUGGUCAAGGUUUCACCUGACAGAUUGGUAUUUAAUAGAAGAGGGAUGAAGGCAUCUUAUGAGAUCACUUUCAGUGCUAUGGAUGCAAAUAAGGGUUACCGGUUUGGGUCCGUGAUGUGGUCCGAUGGGGCACACGUGGUUCGAACCGUCUUUGCAGUUAAUGUUAUAUGACUUGCUUUUUGCUUCGGCUUUUGUCUUUGCUUUUUUAAAAAGAAAGAAAUUCUUUUCAAAUUUUCUAAUUAGAACAGAUGUCUUUGUGGGGAUUUUCCUUAUACUGUUUCCUUCAAGUUGUUCUUUAUAAUUUACGCCAUGUUUUUCACAGAAAGGGUGUAAUAAUAGUUAUGAUUCGAGUUUGCUAUAAAAUUUUAAGGUGAUAGUUCUGUAA